AUGAAGGCCCCAACUUACAAUACUGACUGGGCUGCUGAGAAGCAAAAAAUUCGCAACUUUUUGGAUGGAUUUUACGUCGAUGAGGAUAACGGAAAGAAAUUUUUCUACCGUGAUCAAGUUAUGCAAAUCGCUCAACGAGAGCAAAAGGCUUUGGUCAUUGAUAUCGACCAUAUUAAGGAAUACGAUGAUCCAGAUGCAACGGAGCUUGCAGAUGCUAUAUUGGGGAAUACCAAAAGAUAUGUCAAUUUGUUCAAGGAAACAAUCUAUGACAUGGGCUUGGCUUAUUUAGGUGAUAAGCAACCUAAUGUGAUGGACGCUCUUGAUGCUUACAUGUUCCAAAGAAUCUACAUGGACAAGCAUGAAAGUUCCACGGAAGAAGUUUCAACAGAAGACAUUAGGAAAAAAUAUCCGCCACAACUUCUUCAAAGAUUCGAGGUUUAUUUUACUUCUGAAGCUGAAGGAACCCAAACUUGUGUUCGCAACAUCAAAGCUACCGAGAUUGGACACCUUGUGACCAUCAAAGGAGUUGUGAUUAGAGCUACUGAAGUCAAACCGUGUGUGGAAGUUAUGACCUACACCUGCGAUACUUGCUCUGCGGAAGCUUAUCAACCAGUAAAAGGAAUGCAAUUCACACCACCACAGAAUUGCCCAAACAAGGAUUGCGUUGAGUCGAAAGCGCAUGGACGUCUUCACAUGCAACUUCGUGGAUCGAAGUUCGUAAAGUUUCAAGAACUCAAAAUUCAAGAACUUAGCGAACAAGUUCCGGUUGGAUCAAUUCCUCGCACCAUGACGGUUUAUGUCUAUGGCGAAAUGACGCGUCGUUGCAACACCGGAAACAAUGUCCAAAUUUCUGGUAUUUUCCUUCCAAUUUUGCAAUCUGGAUUCAAACCAACGGGAGGAUUAGUGGCUGACACAUAUCUUGAAGCUCACUACAUUCAAAAUCUCGACGAAAAUCCUGCGUAUGCCGGAGUUCAAUCGGAAGAACUUGAGAUUCUGAAAAAGAAGGGCGACAAUUAUGAGGCUUUGGCUUCAUCAAUCGCCCCCGAAAUUUUUGGACACGAGGAUGUCAAGAAGUGUCUACUCCUUGCACUUGUCGGUGGUAAUGACAAUAGUUCGAAUGGAAUGAAGAUUCGAGGAUGCAUCAACGUUUUGAUGAUGGGAGACCCGGGAGUCGCUAAGUCGCAGCUUUUGGGAUACGUGAAUCGCCUUGCUCCACGCUCUCAGUACACCACUGGGCGUGGUUCUUCUGGUGUUGGUCUUACCGCUGCUGUUAUGAAGGAUCCUGUGACCGGAGAAAUGUCUUUGGAAGGAGGUGCCCUUGUGCUCGCUGAUGGAGGAAUUUGCUGUAUCGACGAGUUUGAUAAAAUGAUGGAUGGAGACCGAACUGCUAUUCAUGAAGUCAUGGAACAGCAGACGAUUUCCAUUGCCAAGGCUGGAAUUAUGACCACCUUGAAUGCUCGUACUGCAAUUAUUGCUGCUGCGAACCCGGCGUAUGGACGCUACAAUCCACAACGAUCCAUCGAACAGAAUGUCGAUCUUCCAGCAGCGCUGCUUUCAAGAUUUGAUUUGAUUCUUCUGAUGCAAGAUAAGGCUGAUCGCGAAAAUGACAAAACUCUUGCCGAACAUAUCACCUAUGUUCAUCAGCACGGAAAACAUCCAAAUCGCGAAAAGAAGGAUAUCAUUUCUCUUGAAACAUUGAGAGAGUACAUUCAACUUUGCAAAACUUAUUCGCCAUCCGUUGAACCUUCACUGCGUGAGCGUAUAGUUGACGCAUACGUCGAAAUGAGACGCGAUGCCCGUUAUUCCUCGGACCCGACAUUUGUUUCCCCAAGAAUGAUACUCGGAAUUGUAAGAAUGGCCACUGCUCGCGCCAAGCUUCGUUUGUCGCCCACAGUCAAUGAAAGUGACGUCGAAGAAGCACUUCGGCUGAUGCAAUUCGCCAAAGAUUCGUUGAGACCAGAACAAACUCGUAUCGAAAAACGAAUGUCUCCUGUCGAUUCUGCUUUUGCUGUUCUUCGCGAAAUCUACCACGGAAACAACGAACCAAUUGCUUUGCAAACUGCGAUUCAGCGGUGUGCGCGAAAAGGAAUUAGUGAGAAUGCUCUUCAGCAAUGUAUCGACCAAUACACGAACAAUGGAGUUCUAAUGAUGGACAGACAGCGAAUCAUAUUCGCAAUGAACUAA